AUGACCAAACAAUCGCGAAUGCGUGGCCUUGGUCUGGAACAUCGCUUUGUGUACCUGUUUGCAGACGAUGAAGAAGAGAUGCAGGAAGAUCUGGAAGAAGUUAGCUUUUGCCCAGCUCUUGACUACCUUCGUGGUUUAUGGGUGAAUGUGGCAUCUACACUUGGCCAGCGCGUGAAGGGAGAUACUUUAGAGCACAUGUCGCCUGAUUCUGUGGCUGCGAAGAUGUAUGAGGACUACAAGAAAGAAGUGCAAUGCUUGAGCCGUGAAUGUCCUUCAUUCUUGAAGCCAACGUUGAAGAAGCAUUACUUCACUGCAACCUCGCCAGCUCUGGUCUCACAUGUCUACAGUCAGAACUUGCAUGGCCGACUACAUUCUCAGUGGCACACGUUGAGAAGCCAAACAAUUCUGGCUCUACCAGCAUGGCUUUGGCAGCAGGUGUAUGGCCUCCACGUUCUUCGCAAUGAGAUCUCUUUGCCUCCUGAACUUCGAUGUGACCCUCCGGUGGCGCUGGUGGACCUGAAUCCAAAUCAAAAGCAUUCAGAAAAUCAAGCCAAGCCAGGGUCUUAUUUGUUUGUUUGUGCCAUAGCUCUGCUAACAUUUGUAUGCAAUUAUAUUCUGGCAAAAGAAUCGAAACAGUGUGAUGUGAUGAGAGGUUUAUAA